AUGCUGCCACCAAUAGCCUUUCUGCUGCUAAUGUCCCUGACCUCGGUUCAUGGGGUGUUUUAUGCUGAGAGAUACCAAACUCCCACAGGCAUCAAGGGCCCACUUCAGAACACCAAGACACAGUAUUUCAUCCCAUACUCCAUAAAGACUAAAGGAAUCCCAGUAAGAGGAGAGCAAGGAGUUCCUGGUCCACCAGGCCCAGCCGGACCCCGAGGACACCCAGGUCCCUCGGGACCUCCAGGAAAGCCAGGCUAUGGAAGCCCUGGGCUCCAAGGAGAGCCAGGGUUGCCAGGACCACCAGGAAUAUCAGCCACUGGGAAGCCAGGCCUGCCAGGCCUGCCAGGCAAACCAGGGGAGAGAGGACCACAUGGACACAAAGGAGAUAUUGGACCAGCUGGCUUACCAGGACCUCGGGGCCCUCCAGGACCACCUGGAAUCCCUGGCCCAGCUGGGAUUUCUGUGUCAGGAAAACCUGGACAGCAGGGACUUACAGGUGCCCCAGGACCCAGGGGCUUUCCUGGAGAAAAGGGAGCGUCAGGAGCCCCUGGUGUGAAUGGACAGAAAGGGGAAACAGGAUAUGGUGCUCCUGGCCGUCCAGGUGAGAGAGGUCUUCCAGGCCCUCAGGGUCCCAUAGGACCACCUGGCCCUCCUGGAGUGGGAAGAAGAGGUGAAAAUGGCUUUCCAGGACAGCCUGGAAUCAAGGGUGAUCGGGGUUUCCCAGGAGAAAGGGGACCCUCAGGCCCACCAGGUCCCCAAGGUCCUCCUGGGAAACAAGGACGGGAAGGUAUUGGGAAGCCAGGAGCUGCUGGCACCCCUGGGCAGCCAGGUAUCCCAGGAGAAAAAGGCCACCCAGGAGCUCCAGGAAUAGCUGGGCCUCCAGGAGCUCCUGGCUUUGGAAAACCAGGCUUGCCAGGUUUGAGGGGACAAAGGGGACCUGCUGGUCUUCCUGGGGCCCCAGGUGCCAAAGGUGAACAAGGGCCAGCGGGUCAUCCUGGGGAGGCAGGUCUGACUGGAUCCCCUGGGAAUAUGGGACCCCAAGGACCUAAAGGGAUUCCAGGGAACCAUGGUGUCCCAGGUGCUAAAGGUGAGGCAGGUCCAAUUGGGCCUGUAGGGCCACCUGGGGCUAGAGGAGCAAGGGGUCCCCCUGGGUUAGAUGGAAAAACAGGGUACCCUGGAGAGCCAGGUCUCAAUGGCCCUAAGGGUAACCCAGGGUUACCAGGCCCAAAAGGUGAUCCUGGAGUGGGAGGAGCCCCUGGUCUCCAAGGUCCUGUUGGCCCUACAGGAGCUAAGGGAAUGCCUGGACACAAUGGUGAGGCAGGUCCAAGAGGUGAACCUGGAAAACCAGGUAGCAGGGGUCCCAUUGGGCCACCAGGUACCCCAGGAUUCCCUGGAGCUAAGGGUGUCCCUGGAAACCCAGGUCCUCCUGGUCCAGCUGGCAUAGCAACUAAGGGCCUCAGUGGGCCCACUGGUCCUCCAGGUCCUCCUGGUCCAAGAGGACACAGUGGAGAGCCUGGCCUCCCAGGUCCCCCAGGUCCCCCUGGACCCCCUGGCCAAGGAGUCAUGCCUGAUGGCUUCAUAAAGGCAGGCCAAAGGCCCAGGCUUUCUGGGAUGCCUCUUGUCAGUGCUAACCAUGGAGUAACAGGGAUGCCUGUAUCUGCUUUUACAGUUGUCCUCUCUAAAGCUUACCCAGCAGUAGGUACCCCCAUCCCAUUUGAUGAGAUUUUGUAUAACAGGCAGCAGCAUUAUGACCCGAGAACUGGAAUCUUCACCUGUAAGAUCCCAGGAAUAUACUAUUUUUCCUAUCACGUGCACGUGAAGGGGACUCACGUUUGGGUAGGCCUGUAUAAGAACGGCACCCCCACAAUGUACACAUACGACGAGUAUAGCAAAGGCUACCUGGAUCAGGCUUCGGGGAGUGCAAUCAUGGAGCUCACAGAAAAUGACCAGGUGUGGCUACAGCUGCCCAAUGCGGAGUCAAACGGCCUCUACUCCUCCCAAUAUGUCCACUCCUCCUUCUCAGGGUUCCUUGUGGCGCCCAUGUGA